CUCCACCACUAGAAGGAUAACGAGAACUACCUAGCAGCACCAUCACCACCACCGCGACCAUCUUCCACCACUGUCACCUCGUAAAGGCCUCCAAAAGAGGCGGAGCGGAAAAGCUUCGCACGCCGCGCAAGCUGAGGGGCGGCGCCUAGGGUUCACGUUCCCGUCUUACAACUGUUUACUGCAUGUGUCUCAGCCAGUAGGACGCAUAUAGACAGAGGCGGCCACAUCGCCCUUUGCUUCCACUGCCUCUCCCGUUUGCUACAUCUCUCGAACAGCAUCGUCGAACAGACAGAUUGAACAGACGGACCAACCGCAACAUGCGCAUACCACAGACCAAGCUUCAACGGAUCAAGGCGGGCAUCCACCUUGGCCAGAGCCUGAUUGUCUUCAUUGCAGGAUGCUUGACACUCGCUGUCAUGACCAAAUCGGGUGAACAUGGUGGACAAACUAGCUUUUACUUUGCGCUGUGCUUCCUCACAAUCCCAGCCAUCAUCUACCAGGUCUUGGUACCAAUGUGGUCCCGUGCAUGGCGACUCAACAACGUUUGGGCAAUUGCCACGAUCGAUACUCUCUUCGCUCUCCUUUGGUUUGCAGCCUCGAUUGCUGUCGCUGUCUGGAACGCCGAUGGGAUUGGGAAGGGCAAGAAGAAGACCGAGCCGUUUACCCCGACGAAGCGAGCGGACGACGUGAUAAAGGACGGUACAUGCAAAUCAUUCGCUUUUGGCAGCGUCAGCAAGUGCAACGUGAGCAAGGCUACCGUGGGGCUCGGCAUUAUCAUCUUUCUGAUGUUCGUGGUCACAACUGCCAUUGCUGUACAUGCUAUCAAGCAUCACAAAAAGACGGGUGUUGUUCCGAAUCCAAACUUCAGAAGGAAUCAGCAGGACAAUAGCGUAGAAGAAGUUGUGGUCGUGACUGACAAGAUGGCGGAUCCGUGGUCUACAGACACGGCGGAUCUGAACACCAGCAACGAUACCUCGGACAGCUUUGCGUAUGGACAGACAACCGCGCCAGCUGACCAGGAAGGUCUACUCGGAGCAGGACAUAGAAGAGCUGGAUCGGACACGUACUCGCAUACUGAUGCCGAGGGCAUGACGCAUCCGGGGAGGAGAACGAGCUACCACUCCACGACACAGACGGCAUAUGCGCCUGCAUCGUACGACGAGACUUUGGCACCGUCUGCUUUGAGUCCUGGCUUCGACCCCAGGGGACCCAAUGCGCAUCUGCAAUUUCCCGAAGCGAACUACAACGCGUUGCGAUAGCGAGAGGCGGGAUACGAGAAGUACGAAUGUAUAAUGAGUCCAUGGCUGCCACUUUGGCUUUUCUUUCUGUUAUCACAUACUGUAUAGGGGCACCACGAUAUCAGGAUGAACUGAUAGCAAUGGAGCAGCAGCAUCUGCGCUUCGCUGCUGACAAGACCAUGAGAAGGAUGGAUGUAAGAAGAGAAGAGAGUGCGAGGACGAGAGGUCCCGGGGGAACAGAGGCUGGUCUGCAUGUAGUCCUAC